UUAUAUUAAUAUUUUUAAUUUUUUAAAUAUAUUUAUCUUUAUAAGAAUUUAUAUUGUAAUUCACAAAUGUCAUUUUGUCAAAAAUUUUUAAUAAACUUUGUUUUUAAAAAUUAAUGUUAAAUAAGCAUUCCAAUAUUUACUGCCAGUAUUGAAAAUCUAUAGUUCACGUUUCAUAUACACACACAUAUACUAUAGACUUAUGGGCCAGUAUUCAUAGUCGGAUCUUAUAUUUAAGAUCAUCUUAAGUACUGUCUUAAGAUGCCAUCAGCCAAUCACAGAGCUGUAUUAGCAUCUUAAGAUAUUACUUGAGACGAUCUUGAAAUAAGAUUCGACUAUGAAUACCAGCCUUAGACUUUUAGUACUAGCAGUGACUAUCGGAAUGCAGCUUAAGAUAUAAGGUAGAGAAUAUUUUUUAAACAUAUAUUUAAAAUAUAUUGUAAAAUAUGAAAAUAAAUAUUUUAUAAUUGCAUUUAUUGCACGUAACCUAUAAUCUAGCAGAUAAUAGGUUAUACAUUGUAUGUAUUUGCGUAUUGAAGACGACUAUCUAGAGACUUUUAAAUCUCAAAAUAAAAAGUUCAUGCAUCGCACCAACAGGAUAUUUCAACAGGGCAUUCUCAUGUAACAUUGACUUCCAGCGUUCUAUAUCGGAAUAUUUUUAUCCAAUCAAGAAUAAUGCGCGCCACCAGCACGCGAUCUAUUGAACAGAUAUAAAAGAUAAUAGAUGAAAGAACUAAAGUAACGAUAAAAGUAACGGCUGAAUUCCGUUACUGUAAAAAUGUAACAACGUUACCGUUACUGUUACAGACAUAAAAACGUAACGAUCAUUACUGAAAAAAGUAACGAAAACGUUAACGGCGUUACAAGUAACGCGUUACUUCCCAACUCUGUUUAUAACUACCAUGUUAGAUCUGCGCAAUAUCUAUCUUUUACAUUUUUUAUAUUAUAUAUGUCAUUGUUUUUUAAAUGCUUACUCAAUCAUUUGAUCGUUUAUUUUCAAUUCAAAGUCGAAAGAUCAUUAAAUGCCGGAUUAUGCAUAAUGUUCUAAUAAUCUUAGUUUUAAUGAUGAACAACUGUGUUUCCGUUAUUUUAAUUCCAAAUAAAUUGUUUAAAUAACUUUAUUCAUUAUUCACUAUCACUUGAUAACGUAAUGACUUGACAUUGAAGAGCACGUUAAAUCAAUAGCAAGCAAUGUCUAAUCAAGCAAUUCAUAUCUUUGUGUUCGGCUUAUUACGUUUUACAAUUACAAGUUAACUUAAAAACUCGCAAGUUGAUUCACGAAACGUUCAUUUAGUAUCUACUGCUUGAUCCAUUUGAAUCAUGUCGCUCUUGAUUGUGAUAUUUACGCUUCUUUUGGUGUAUAAACUAUACAGAUUUGCUUAUAAUAAACCACCUAAUACACCACCAGGUAUUAUCAGACUUCCGAUAAUAGGAUCUUACUGGUUAUUAUUAUGGGGAAAUUACAAGUUUCCACAUCUGACUAUCGACUAUUAUGUGAAGAAACUUAAAUCCAAGAUUAUCAGCUGUUACAUGGGAAAACAUUUCGUAAUAAUAGUGAACGAUUACAAAAACGUGAAAGAAGUACUCGCACGGGAUGAAUUCGAUGGACGAAUUACGAAUGCGAAUUUUAUUCUAGAUCGAUCUUUCAGAAAGGAAUUGGGUAUAUUUUUCGUCGAUGGCGCGAAGUGGCAUGAACAGAGGAGAUUUGCCCUCCGUCAUAUGCGCGAUUUUGGAUUUGGUCGACGCUAAGAAAAACUCGAAAACGAAAUCAUGGAUGAGAUGACUUUACUCCUUGAUAUAAUGAAAAACGGACCUAUUUAUGAUGAAGAGAAACAAAUAUUGAAGGGUAAUUUGGCGCUUUUCCCGGAUAUUCUAUACGCGUCGGCGGGUAACAAUAUAUGGAACGUUAUGUUCGGUCAUAGAUUUGACAGAAGCGAACAUGAUAUACCUCGACGUCUCUGUCGUGCGGCUGUUUUGUUUGGAAAGUCAAAUGAUACAACCGGUGGUGCCAUUUUCCAACAUCCGUUCUUAAAACACUUCGGCAAUAUGUUCGGCUACAAAAAUCACAUGAAGGCAAGCAAUACGUUAAAUAAUAUCGUCAAGGAAUAUCUGACAUAUCAAAAAAAUUUUAUGAGCGAGAAUGAUGAACGGGGAUUCAUCGAUAGAUAUCUAAAGAAAUUAAACGAAGACGACAAGUCGAAUAGUUUCACGGAAGAACAAUUGAUCAUUUUGUUAGUUGAUAUGAUGUUUCCCGCUUUUGUUGGGAUAUCAGGCGUUACUACUCAUAUUCUCAAAUAUUUGAUGCACCAUCCCAGAAUAAUGGAGAAAGUAAGAAAUGAGAUAGAUAAUGUUAUUGGAAUCGGACGAUUGGCUACAUGGGAAGAUAGAAAAAAUUUGCCUUACUUGGAAGCAGUAAUACGAGAAACGUUAAGAAUUGAAACAAUCGCGCCUCUUGGCAUAGUACAUAGAUGUACAAGAAAAACCACUUUAGGCUGCUACGAGAUACCUGAAAACACUCCGAUUUUCACUAACUUGGCAGCAAUGCAUCAUGAUCCUGACUUGUGGGGCGAUCCUGAAGUUUUUAGACCGGAAAGAUUUCUGAAGGAAGAUGGGCAAUUAGCCAAAGAUACUUCGCUUUCUUUCGGUUUCGGUCAUCGAUUAUGUCCAGGUGAAACUUAUUCUAGAUAUAAUAUAUUUGGGACAUUGGUUCUUUUGCUACAGAACUUCAACUUUUUUUUUGUUGAGGGUCAACCAUCGAGCCUCGAGGAUAAGGAUUCGGGUAUAAUCGUCCUUCCCAAAGAUCUAUGGAUACGCUUUGAAUCAUGUUAAUAUUUGUUGUUCUCUCGAUUAGUAAUGUCAAUAAGUAAGAUGUUACUAAUUAAACCAAUUACCUUGUGAUAUGUAUAAAUUAUGAUACAAUAAUAAAAAGUAUAACUAUA